CUCUCUUCACCCACCCUGACACACUCAGCUUCCCUGACCCACCUUGGACAGUCCCCAUCACAUACUCCCUGGCACAGUUGUUUCCCCCUCAGCUCCCGCCGCCACCCCCCAGCCAUACUGCCAGCCUUUCCCAGAGCUGUAGCCUUGCCCCGUCACUCACCCCAAACCCAGCAUGUCCCUGGGACCACUGAAAUUCCAGGCAGUAGGUGAAGAAACUGAAGAGGACGAGGAGGAAGAGAGCCUGGACUCUGUCAAGGCUCUGACGGCCAAGCUGCGGCUGCAGACGCGGCGACCCUCGUACCUGGAGUGGACGGCCCGGGUCCAGAGCCAGGCGUGGCGCAGGGCUCAAACCAGACCUGGGCUGGGGGGUCCCGGUGCCCUCUGCGGCUUCGACUCAAUGGAUUCUGCCCUUGAGUGGCUCCGACGGGAGCUGCGGGAGAUGCGGGCUCAGGACCAGCAGCUGGCGGGGCAGCUGCUUCGGCUGCGGGCCCAGCUGCACCGGCUGAAGGUGGACCAAGCCUGUCACCUGCACCGAGAGCUGCUGGACGAGGCGGAGCUGGAGCUGGAGCUGGAGCCGGGGGCCGGCCUCGCCUUGGCCCCGCCGCUGCGGCACCUCGGCCUCACGCGCAUGAACAUCAGUGCCCGGCGCUUCACCCUCUGCUGAGGGGCACCUGCGGGCCUCCUGAGACCUCAAAGGCCCUAGCACCUGGCAAGGGGUGGUGGGAGGGUUGGGGGGCUGUCACUCUUUUGGGAGCAUAAAACCCCAGCAUCCUGUCACCCCUGCUGCCCUAUCUUGGGGAGGGGUGGUUGGAGGAAGGGGAGAAGCUCACACACCCCCAGGCUCUUCAAUAAAGGCCCUCUGUGCUUCCCAUCAAGGUC